AUGAUCGAGGUGGAGGCAACAGCCGCGAUUCCUUCCCGGCUCCCCGUGGGAACAAACGGCCCCUUCUCCGCCCUCCCGGCGAGGCCAGCGCUUCCUUCUCUUAGCCCCCGCCCCGUCUGCGGGAGGCCGUCCACCCUCCUGCCCACCCUCCCCGCCCCGCGCCCCUUCAUAGGCACGGCUCGCCCCGCCGCGCCGCCCCACACGCGUCCCGCCCUGCCCGCCCCGUCGAGGCGCACGCUCUCGCCCGCCGCCGGCUCCAUGGACGGCGGCGGCGCUUACCGCUGCCGCGCCAACCGGCACCUGGAGGGCGGCCAGUCGGCGCUGCCGGGCUCGCUGCUCUUCGCGGCCGGCCUGCUGGGCAACGUGCUGGCGCUGGGGAUCCUGUGGCAGCACCAGCUCCGCGCGCGGCUGCAGCGCGCCGGCGGCUGGGGGCGCCCAAGGGCGUCCGCCUUCUACCUCCUGGUCAGCGCCUUGGCCGCCACCGACCUGCUGGGCAAGUGCCUGCUCAGCCCCAUCGUCCUGGCCGCCUAUGCGCGCAACCGCAGCCUCAGCGAGCUCUGGCCGCCGCCAGCAACUGCCGUCGGGGAAGACGCAGCCGCCGGCGCUGGAGACGCGAGCCCCGGGAGCCUGUGCCAGCUGUUCGCCUUCCUGAUGGCUUUCUUCGGCCUGGCGCCCACCAUGCUGCUACUAGCCAUGGCCCUGGAGUGCUGCCUGUCGCUGGGACACCCCUACUUUUACCAGCGCCACACCAGCCGGCGCCUGGGCGCGCUGCUAACCAUCGCGGCGGGCGCGCUGUGCGCCCUCUUCUGCGCCCUGCCGCUGCUGGGCUUCGGUGCCAUCGUGCAAUACUGCCCGGGCACCUGGUGUUUCAUCCGCAUGGCCGGCGGCGGGCGGGCCUACUCGGUGCUCUACGCCAGCCUCCUGGGCGCGCUGGGACUCGCCAUCGGACUCUGCAACCUGGGCAGCAUGCGCAGCCUCUACCGCAUGGCGCGCCGGCAGCCCCCGCGAAGGAGCCAGCCGGCCGGAGCGCACGGAAGCGGCGGUGGCCCCGGCGCCCCGUCGACAGCGCCUCCCGGCGCCGGCCGCACCGAGGAGCUGGGCCAGCUGGUCUUGCUGGCACUCAUGACCGCCCUCUUCACCAUCUGCUCCCUGCCCAUGAUCGUCCGUGCUUACGUCGGCGCCUUUGCCCCGGAUUUCGACGAGAAGGCGGACCUCACGGCCCUGCGCUUCUUCUCCGUGAACUCCAUCGUGGACCCCUGGGUCUUCAUUAUUUUCCGGACGUCCCUCUUCCGCAGUUGCCUCCGCCGGUUUUCGAGGAGGCUGAGCUCGAAAAGGUCCACAGACUCUCAGCUGCUAGAAACUUGGGAGCGGAAAGGAUCCGAUCGUCUGCAGUGAGGCAUUUCUGCCUUCUCUGAGGAGCUGGUACUGGAGGGGGUCCAGCUGGACUUCCCCCACCCCCCAUCCCGGCCCUGUAAAUCAUCCAUAGUCCAAGGAACAGGCCGAAGUGCUUGCAAGCAAACAUUUUCCCUGAUCAGAAAGAAGCGGCUCACUUAAGGUGCACAGUUAACCUCUGGAACUCAUGCCCACUGGAGAUAGCAAUGACCACAAGCCUGGGUGACUUUGAAAGAAGACUGGACAAAUUCGUGGAAGAGAGGGCUGGCAAUGGCUACUAGCUAGGAUACCUAGGCUCUGCC